AUGUCAACGCAGGACGCCCAGGCUCCUGCUUCUUCCUCCACCUCAGCACAGCAGCAGCACCAGCAACAAGAUGCCUCGGGACGACAGCCCUCCUCCGCCUCCUCCGCCGCCGCCCAACUCACCGGUGCAAAGGUAGAGCUUCGCAAGGUUCUCAGGUCGUUCAGCGACUUCCCCAUCCCGGGCAUUGAGUUUGUCGAUAUCAUGCCCCUCUUCGCCAACCCCGCCGCCCACAACACCCUUGUCGACGCUCUCGAGCUUCAGAUCCAGGAGGCCUUCCCCGGCGGCCGCCCAGAUGUCAUUGUCGGACUCGAUGCCCGCGGGUUUCUCUUUGGCCCCGGCCUGGCCUUGAAGCUGGGUGUCGGCUUCGCCGCUGUGCGCAAAAAGGGCAAGCUCCCCGGUCCGUGUGUCACGGCCGAGUACCUCAAGGAGUAUGGCGCGGAUUUCUUCCAAAUGCAGGAAGACGCUGUCAAGCCUGGCCAGAAGGUCCUGAUUGUCGACGACAUUAUUGCUACUGGUGGUUCCGCAAAGGCUGCUGCCGAGCUUGUCAAGCAGCUCAAGGGAGAUAUCACUGGCUUCCUCUUCAUCCUUGAAAUCCCUGGUCUCAAUGGACGCGACAAGCUCGAGGGCGCCCCCGUUUCGAUUCUGAUGGACGACAACUGA